AUGCGCGGCUUCAAAACUGCCGCGCUGUCUUUCCUGUUGUCGACCUCCCUUGCACAGCUUGUUCCGCGUACCUACGAUACCCACGACUUUUUCGCCAUCCAUCUCGAUGAUUCAAUACCCCCCGAGUAUAUCGCUAGCCUUCUGGGCGCCCACCAUGAAGGCCAGAUCGGAAAUCUGGAGGGACACCACAAAUUCUCCAUAGACCGGGAACAAGGUCCUGCAGUCGAAACACUGCUGGAAGCGCUCCGGGUGCAGCGAAAACUGCGCCGGCGGGGUGGCGAUGACGACAACCUCCUGCAGAAGAGAGACGAUGGACUCGACGACGGCGUUCUCUGGUCGCAGAAGCUUGCGCUGAAGCAACGUUUACACAAGAGGGGGCCUGUGGAUUUUCCCGAAAAACAUGUGCGACAAGAGGCAGCGUCACCAGAGGGGGAAGCCGUGUCCAGGCAAAAGCGUAUUGCCUCUGACCUGGCCAUCAAGGAUCCGUUGUUUGGCAGCCAGUGGCAUUUAUUCAACUCUAUUCAAGUAGGAAAUGACUUGAAUGUAACUGGAGUGUGGCUCGAAGGCAUCACCGGCAAGGGCGUGGUCACCGCCAUUGUCGACGACGGCUUGGACCUGAACAGCGAGGAUUUGAAAGACAAUUAUUUCCCCGAAGGAUCCUGGGACUUCAACGACAACCUGCCCGACCCCAUCCCACGACUUUCCGACGAUCAACAUGGCACCAGGUGUGCCGGUGAGAUUGCCGCCGUCCGGAACGAUGUUUGCGGCGUUGGUAUGGCUUAUGACAGCAAAGUUGCCGGCAUCCGCAUUCUUUCCAAGCCUAUUGACGAUGCCGACGAGGCAACAGCCAUAAACUACGGAUUCCAGCAGAAUCACAUCUACUCGUGUUCAUGGGGCCCGCGCGACGACGGCCAGACCAUGGAUGCUCCCAAUGCCCUGGUCAAGCGGGCCAUGAUGAAUGGUAUCCAGAAUGGACGCGACGGCCGAGGAUCCAUCUACGUCUUUGCCGCCGGAAAUGGUGGCGCUCGCGAUGAUAACUGCAAUUUUGACGGAUACACGAACAGUAUUUACAGUGUCACUGUUGGAGCCAUUGACCGCCUAGGAAACCAUCCACCAUAUUCCGAGGCCUGCUCGGCACAGCUUGUCGUUACAUACAGCAGUGGUGGUAACGAUGCUAUCUACACGACAGACAUUGGCCAGAAAUGCACCGAAAGACACGGCGGUACUUCAGCGGCUGGCCCGCUUGCUGCUGGUGCUAUAGCCUUGGUACUAAGCAUCCGGCCUGAUUUGACCUGGCGUGACGUUCAAUACCUCCUACUUGAGACUGCAGUUCCCGUACACGCCGAUGGUGACGAGGUCCAGAUGACGCCAAUUGGAAAGGAGUUUAGCCAUCAGUUCGGAUAUGGCGUGGUUGACACGUAUUCCCUAGUGCAAAAGGCCAAAACUUGGGAGCUGGUCAAACCUCAAGCUUGGUACACUUCUCCCUGGUUGCGCGUUCAGAAAGAAAUUCCCGAGGGAGACCAAGGGCUGGCCAGCUAUUUCGACAUAACCUCGGAUAUGCUGAAGCAGGCAAACUUUGAAAGUCUGGAACAUAUCACUGUCACUAUGAACGUGAACCACACGCGGCGAGGCGACUUAAGCGUGGAACUCCGAGGCCCCCAGGGCAUCGUCAGCCAUCUGAGCAUUCCUAGAGAGAGUGAUGAGGCCGACUCUGGCUACGAAGACUGGACAUUCAUGUCUGUCGCGCAUUGGGGCGAGUCAGGAGAAGGUGUUUGGAGCGUUGUCGUCAAGGACACCAAAGUCAACGAACGGGUAGGUGUGUUCGCUGACUGGCGCUUGACUCUCUGGGGUUCAUCGAUCGACGCGGAAUCUCAGCUGCCUCACCCUCUCGCCGACGAACACGAAGAUGAUCAUAAUAUCGAAGACGCCCAAUACGCUACGGUCAGCAUCAAACCACAUACUAAGACCACACCGCCGGCUUCUGCAACCGACCACGCCGAUCGUCCCGUCAACGAGAAGCCCAGCGAAGCGCCUGCUAAGCCAACAACACCUGCUGUGCCUCCGACACCUGUUGAAGAGGAGCUCACUCCCACAGGCUCAGUGGUACCCACUGCUGUCGCAUCGGACGGCUUUCUGCCGUCGUUUUUGCCAACCUUUGGCACCAAACCUCACACACAGAUUUGGAUAUACGCAUCGGUUAGCUUAAUUCUGAUUUUCUGCAUUGGACUGGGCAUCUACUUCCAGGUCCAACGCCGCAAGCGUUUGCGCAACAACCCGCACGACGACUAUGAGUUUGAAAUCAUCGACGAAGACGACGACGACGCUGAAGCCCCGCUGGCCGGCCGCACCGGAAGAAAACGCCGUGGCGGCGAGCUAUACAACGCCUUUGCCGAGGAGAGUGAAGAGGAACUUCUGAGCGAAGAUGAGGAAGACAUGUACCGAGACCAGCCCAGCGCGUUCAACGAGAAGAUGCAGCACAAGAAUGAGGCCGAAUCUUGA